AUGCAGCAACGACAGGGCAGCGUGGACCCUGGCACCUCUACAAACUCUGGUACUAUGUACGACGGCCAGGAACAAAACGCCCAAGAUGUCGCCCGUAGCUUGACUAGCAUCAACACCGACGUGCGAGAUGCCUUCACCGCGAGACUCCAAGGUCCAGGCUCGUCGACCGCCUCACCUGCGAUUGCGCAAGGCAGAGGGCCAACAAUUGCUGGCCCGUCGCAGAGCUCCUCGGCCCACCUCUCGGGUCUUAUGUGCAAUGUACAUAGGACGACUGGCCGGGAGCCUCCACCACUAGUUGGCGCGACGACGACCAUCCUGGGCGAUAGAUUGUACGUCUUUGGAGGCCGAGUUCUCUCCCGCAACCGACCCGCGCCCCUCACUUCCGACCUAUACGAACUUGAUCUUAUCCGACGCCAUUGGACCAAGCUCGAAACCGCUGGUGAGGUUCCACCGCCCAGAUACUUUCAUUCCAUGUGUGCGCUCGGUGAUACCAAGAUGGUCUGUUAUGGCGGUAUGUCGCCAUCACCGAAUCAGCCAGUGAACCAAGAGCAGCAGCAGCAACCCGAAGUCACCGUCAUGUCAGAUAUCUACAUUUAUGAUGUCUCAUCGAAGAAAUGGACCUUCAUCCCGACGCCGGAUGCCCCUCAAGGACGAUACGCCCAUUGUGCAUGCAUUCUUUCAUCGGCUGCGUCUUUCUCCUCCGCACGGGCACCACUCUCUGCCCUCCAGCACAACCCCUCGUCAGGAAACCCCAACGAGGGCCGCAUCGGCAUCAACAUUGACGGCUCGGGAGGUGCUCAAAUGGUUAUUGUCGGCGGCCAAGACGGCGCUAACCACUAUAUCGAGCAAAUAAGCGUCUUCAAUCUACGCAGUUUGAAAUGGGUAUCCACGCAGCCGUUAGGCAAGAGCUGCGGUGCGUAUCGAAGCGUUGCUGCGCCCCUGCUACCUUCUGUAGCGGCCAAGAUUGGCAAGGUUCACCAAGUCGGUCUGCAACGCCAAGAGGGCAUGAACCAGGAAGCACGCGACGGCGGCUCAUCUAUGCUUAUAUACUCCAACUACAAUUUCUUGGACGUGAAGCUCGAGCUGCAGGUUCGCUCUCCUGACGGUACUCUCAGCGAGAAGCCCAUGACCGGCACGUAUUCCCCCCCUGGGCUUCGAUUUCCCAACGGUGGCGUUCUGGAUACCCAUUUUGUUGUUUCUGGUACAUACCUCACAUCCUCUAAGCAGGAAUAUGCCUUGUGGGCUCUAGAUCUGAGAACACUUACCUGGAGUCGAAUUGAUGCUGGUGGUAGUGUUUUUAGCCAAGGAAGCUGGAACAGAGGUGUGCUGUGGAAUAGGAGAAACACCUUUGUCAUCCUUGGAAACCGGAAGCGAAGCUUGGUCGACGACUACAACCAUCGACGCAUCAACUUCACGAACGUGUGUAUGGUUGAGCUCGAAGCUUUUGGCUUCUACGACAAUCCGCGCAAGACAAGUCCCAUGUCCGGGUUCAUUUCUGCUAGCAGUCCAUGGAGUGGGCCUGGCUUGAGCUUGUCGAGAAAGGCGGGUUACACUGCGGGUGGCCGCUCCCACACGCGGAUGAGCGCGGAGAUGGGCGAAAGGGUCUUGGCCAUGAGGGAGCUGUCCGAUAUGGAUAUCCUUUGCAUUGGCGGAGAGCGAAUCCCUAUCAGCUCCCGAAUCGUCGCUCGACGCUGGGGACCGUACUUUGUCCAAUUGCUCAGGGAAGGCGCCGCGUCCCAGGACGGAGGCGACAGCAUGACACUCCGUUCAGGUCUUGCGGGAAAUCCCCUCCGCGCUUCCGCCAUUACAAUAACACCACAGUCGCGAGCGGCAACUGCCACACCAUCCUCCACUGCGAGCACCUUGGUCCCAGCAAAUGUCGACGUCUCUAGUGCGGACGGUUCGGCGCUUGCCGGCGCCGCGGCUGGCCAAGGGGAAGACGCCAAUGCGGGAACAGUAAAUGCGACGCCGACGCCACUCACGCUUCCACCCAAUACCCGACCCCGGUGUCUUUACCUCCCGCACACCUACCUGACGGUGCAGGCGUUGCUACAUUUCUUAUACACCAGCUCUCUGCCUCCGAUGACCUCGCCGCUCUGCACUCCCCAGAUUCUGUGUUCUCUGUUGCAGAUUGCGCGGCCCUACCGCAUUGAUGGUUUGCUCGAGGCCGUUGUUGAGCGUCUUCACUCUCUGCUUGACAGUCGCAACGCUGCUGCUGUCUUCAAUGCCACUGCAAUGGCCGCUGGUGGCGGACGUGGCAUCGACGGCACCUUGAACCCCAACUUUUUCGUGGACAAGGCGGAUCCCGUUCGUUCGCCUACUGCUUCGGGAGACUUUGGAGUAGGCGGAUCAACCGCCAACGGCUCCUUCUCGUACGAUGUCGCUUCACGAACAGCCACCCUCAGCAUCAACUCUGGGGGACCAGCUGCCCGCCCCAGCAGCGGUGAGCUGUCCGCUUCAGCUAGCGCUAGUGGCUCCGAAUGGGGGUCAGAAAUUGGCGGUAGCGAUAGAGAAGGCGGUGUGGUUUGGAAUGGUGAACUGAGCAGCGUCAUCGGCCUCCAGAAGCGUGGCCUUCGCGGCCUUAUGGAGGGGCGAAGACUGCGGGAGAGGACGGGCACGAGUGGCGCUGCCACGCUGGCGGCGACGAAUGCAAAUGCCCAGUACCUCCAGGGCGGGCAGCGAGUCGGGCUUGGCAUUGGAAGCUCGUGA